AAGCAGUUACUGUAAGUUGCCAAUUUCUUCGGUUACACUUUCUCUCUGAUACACCUUCUUCUUCACCUUAUUAAUGCAUUUGUAGGGUUUACUCUUUCUCUUCUUCUUAAUUCGGUGGAUUGUUAGCGUUUCGAAUUCUGAUCUAUUCGAACCCGUUAUGGCCUCUGAAGCCGAUUUUGGCUUCGCCUUCAACGACAUUAACUUCUCCGACCGUAUCCUCCGCAUUGAGAUCACCGACGACGAGCCUGUCGACGACCGUAUCCGCCGCAUCAAGAUCACAGACGACGGACCUGUCGACGCCCCACCGGACUCCGAUGCAUGCGCCACCAUCGCUGACUGGGUUCGCCACCGCAAGCGCCGCCGCUACGACAUCAAGAAGGAAAACGAUGUGGAUCAUGCUAUGUUGCCAGAAGAACAAGUUUUGAACAAGUAUCAACCUGAUGCAGAUGAUUUUGUGGAAUGUGAAAACGAAGACGAUGAUCUUGUUGUGGUGGUUGAAGAAUCCCCUUCAGGUGAUGAAGCCGUUGAUGCAGAUUGGAAUUUUGUUCGCUCUGUGAAAACAUUACAUAUCAGUUCCCCUAUCUUGGCUGCUAAAAGUCCCUAUUUCUACGAGCUUUUUUCAAAUGAGACGAAGCAGUCAGAACAAAGACAUGUCACCCUGAAAAUUAAUGCCUCUGAAGAAGGUGCUCUUAUGCAGUUAUUGAAUUUUAUGUAUAGUAGUACAUUGACCAAUACUUCAGCGCCAGCUGUGCUGGAUGUGUUGAUGGUUGCUGAUAAAUUUAAAGUUGCAUCAUGCAUGAGACACUGUAGCUCGUUGUUGCGGAAUAUGCCCAUGACAACCGACUCUGCAUUGCUAUAUAUAGAUCUUCCUUCUAGUGUCGAAAUGGCUGAAACAGUCCAACCAUUGUGUGAUGCAGCAAAGCUGUUUCUUGUUAAUAAAUUCAAGGAUAUAGCCAAGUAUCAAGAGGAGCUAAUGACCUUGCCAUUAGCUGGUAUAGAAGCUGUAAUUUCUAGUGAUGAUCUCCAGGUUGCAUCUGAAGAUGUUGUAUAUGACUUUAUCUUGAAAUGGGCUAGAAGUCACUACGGCAAACUGGAAGAAAGGCGACAAGUCCUGAGUAAUCGGCUCUCACAUUUUAUCCGGUUCCCUCACAUGAGCACCCGAAAACUUAAAAAAGUCUUAACGUGUAAGGACUUUGAUUAUGAGGUUGCAUCCAAUCUUGUACUUGAGGCCCUUUUUUACAAGGUUGAGGUUCCACACCGCCAACGGUCACUAGCAGCAGGAGAUUCUUCCUCAUUGUACCAUCGUUUUGUUGAGCGGGCAUUCAAGUAUCGCCCAGUUAAGGUAGUAGAAUUUGAAUUUCCCCAUAAGCAGUGUAUUGUAUACUUGGACUUGAAGCGGGAGGAAUGUGCGAAGUUGUUCCCAUCCGGCCGGGUGUAUUCUCAGGCAUUCCAUUUAGGCGGACAAGGGUUUUUUCUGUCAGCACAUUGCAACAUGGAUCAACAGAGUUCUUUCCAUUGCUUUGGGCUGUUUCUUGGAAUGCAGGAAAGGGGUUCAGUUGGCUUUACCGUCGAGUAUGAAUUUGCGGUGAGGUCUAAACCGAUGGAGGAUUUCGGAAGCAAAUACAAAGGAAGCUAUACAUUCACAGGAGGAAAGGCUGUUGGCUAUAGAAAUUUGUUUGCCAUUCCAUGGACUUCGUUCAUGGCUGAGGAUUGUCGUUACUUCAUUAAUGGUGUCCUACACCUUAGAGCUGAGCUAACCAUCAGAAACUGA